AUUGCCUUGCAGGCUCUCGCGCCGAAAGUGAGCCCAAUCCUGGCGCCAAUCUGUGAGAAUGGCUCAGAGCUGCCACCACCAACAAUCAGCACAAGAGACAACUAACUUUGAGUGCUGACCAUGACGGAUCCUACGGCUAAUGGCAGCGGUGGAGGCACGCCUCAACCGUGGUUAUCAUCCACCACGACGCCUCAAGGAAAUGUCAAUAGCCACAUGCCAUUUGCGUCCACUACCACAAUUCGCCCACAGAUGAUGUCUGUCCCAUCUCUUGUCAGCAAUCGAGGACGGAAAAAAGUAACUCCCUCCACAGCACUUCGGCGACCUCCCCUUGCUGCGGCUUCCGCACAAGCAUCUGCCUCUGUGGUGCCAUUAUCCAUCACAAAAUCUACAUUAUCUACCUCCAAAGCACCCAGCAAGGCAUUAUCUUCGUCCUCCUCCUCAUCUCACUCGUCUAUAGAAAAGAUCAAAUCCAAGAAAAAGUCCAAGAAAUACAUUGACUGGCCCUCUUCCUCUGCCGAUGCAUUGCCCAAGCUCGCUCCUCUCUUGCUGGAACGACUGCAAGAUAAUAGUCUCGAAUUUCCCAUCAAUGAAGAAUGCACGGCUCUGACCUUGUCGCCCAGUGGUCGUCUCAUGAUUGCCUGCUUUCCCGAUGGUACGAUUCGGCUUUUUGACUUGACUGGAACCUUUUCAUCCUCCUGUUGUGCCACUCCCACUAACAGCAGCAGCAGCAGUAACAACAAUCCAAAGGGCAAGCUGGAAGAUAACUUGUUUGACAUGGACUCGUCUUCCGAAGAGGAAGAAAUGGACAAUGACACCAAAUCUCCCCAUGCGGCUUCUUUUCAACAAGAACAAGAGGAUACUAGUCCCAAACGAGGAGGACGCAAUCGCUUUGUAUUGUCCAAAGAACAUCAGCGUUUUGGGACGGUGGCAUGUCAGAUUCAUGCCAAGGGGGUCAUUACAUCCUUGCUCAUGGAUGUGGCUGUCGCCGAAGAUGGACAAUACUGUUUUGCCGGGGUUUUGCGUGGGACACAAGAAAUGGUGGCCGUUCAUCUGGGGGCUGUGGAAGCGUUUCUCGACAAGCACCUCCGGCAACCACAAGAGCACAUUCCAGAAUUGCUCGACUUGAUUUCCGUCUAUCGGUGUUCGGAUGCCAAAUUACGAGGCUUUGGGGCGUGCACGCGAGUCCGCAAUGGGACACGGUCCCAUCCACAGUAUCUCCUCUUUACCGGCAAGGCCAUCAAGAACAUUCACAUUUGGCGAUUCACACCACCGACAGAUCCAACCCUGAGCACUUCCGAAGAUGACGGGACAUGGACACAGCUAUAUGAUACACAGACCAAUGGCAACAGCAUCAAGCUGUUGCAGUUUCGAUACGACCCGAAUGGAUUGUUGCAAGGGAUUAGCAAGAGCGAUGAUCAGAAACUGCGAGUGUGGGAUUUGUCUUUUGAACAACACCAAGGCGAUCCCAAGAACCCCUUCUUUUCCAGGUGCAGUGUCAUUCAAAAGUUUGCCAAGGAACAGCGUAAGAGAAUCAUUCACAAGGAGCGCCCCACGAAACCGCUCUACAGCGAUGCCACAUCGUCCGAAGCAACGGCGACAGUGUGUGGUGGUUUUGCCUUUUGCUAUAAAGACAAUCAUACGAGCCGUAUCAGCAUUGUCAAACUGGACGUGCCAGACAUUACAUCGCCCUACAAUCAUUCCGAGCUCGCCUUGCCGGGAAGCAGUAGUGGUGUACCGUCACGAAGUCGACGGCAACAACGGGGAGAACUCAAAACAAUCACCUGUGUAGCUGGAAUGGCCAUGGAUCCGUCUUAUGUCUUGCUGGAAGUCUCGGAUGGAUCGAUCAUCCAAUACUCUGACGGGAACAACGAGGGGAACAAUGGACAACCAAAAGUAGAGCGAGCUAUAUUGCCAGGGACAGGGACUGAUCCACUGCAAGACGGAUUCAGCCGCAAAAUGUGUGUUGGGAAGGUGGGCUCGGAAGGAGCAGUUUUGGCAGCCUUGAGUUGCUACAACAGCGGCAGCUCCAGAGGCACCAUCCUUUUGAGACCUAUCAACGGAGCGACAUACUCCAGCAAUCCGCGUCAGAAGGGCUUUUGGGGUUUUUCUCGUUUCGUGAAGAAGCCCAAGAAGGCCAAGUCUGCAACCACUGAGCCAAAAGUUGAAAGCACCACCAAAGCCAUACGAGUGUGUGCCCGUCAAGAGUCACCGUCACCAAUAGGGCAGCAACAAGUGGGUGAAAGCCGGGAGUCUCCAACUGCCUCGCAGCAAACGGAGCAAGGUGCUUCGAGCCCACAUCAGCCAGCCACUGAUAUCACCCAAUGGACUAACCCGCCAACGGCACAGCAAGCAACCUCCAGCCAAAAUGAUUCAACAACGGGUGUGCAGCUGUUUGGAAACCCCUCGGAAGACAAUCAUGCUUUCAAAGCUGCACCCUUGCCGAAGAAAAGGAGCCAAGAGUCACUAAUCCAUAUCGCUUCCACGACCCACUCGAUGACGAAGCCUUCAAUGCUCGCUGCAAUUGCCACUUCAAAAAGAUCAACGAAACCAACACCAAAGCUUACAAACAAGAUCUUUUCGACAUCACAAGCACCGACAUCCACUACAACCGCAAAGACAGGCGAACCGCCUGAAAAGAAACGCAAGUCGAUUGUUGACGCGCCAUCGGUCGUCCCUGAUUCUUCCGUGAAGGCCACACUGAAUGGGAUACCUAUGAAUGGGACACCAAGUGCCGUCAAAGUGGCCCCCAAGAAAAGCCACAAUGGGCAGGUCUCUCCAGACCACGAGCAAGCCGCGAUGACAUCCUCAGAGACAAAGCACAAUGUCGAAGCGUCUCCAGAUUCUCUCCCUCCCACCAGCGCAAUUCCGCCUAAGCAGAGGAAAGAGAAGCGUCCAUCGCUGGGAGACCUUGCAGCGGCCGCCCUUUCAGUGAAUACUAUGAAUAAUGAUGAGUCAACGAAGGACGCAGAACACAAUUGUUCCGCCUCAAUACGGUCUGCUACUCCACAGCCUACCAUUCCAAGACCCAAAGCAGUGGACCGAGUUCCAGCGACGCCAAACGAUACCCCAACGAAACUGCAUGGGAUGUGCGGCAGCGACACAGCUUCGGACCGUGUGCGAGCUGGAGUGAAAGAGGUCUCUCCAGAUUCGAAAGCUUCAUUGGAUGGACGUUGUAUUACUGCAUCGAAAUCAACCAGCAAGCUCUCUGUGACCGGACAAGUCAAUGCGCAACCACUGGCCGAAAACACCACGAAGUCGUCAGCUCCUUCGAUUGACAAGAGUACUAAAACCUCUCGCUUGCUCCCGAGGAACCCUUCGUCAGCGGAAGGGGCAAAGCAACGUGACAAUCGAAACUCCGUUCGAUCUUCCAUCAAAGAGACUGUCUUUGUCAAACCCAGCCAAAAGCUUCCAUCCUCAAACGACAAGGAGAACACCUCCAAUCUCCGACAUUCGAAUGGAAGCAGUGUGUCUGCAACGAAACAGAAGAGUCAGAGUGCCACUGGGCGAGACAAGGGGGACGUUUCUCGGUCAAAGCAGAGUGAUGGCAGCAAAGCCGCUUCUAAACAACAUCGCUGUCAACAGUCGGGUUCCAGUGAAAAGGGGGAUGCUUCAAUGUCCACAACCAAGCCGAAGCAAACUGAAGCGAGCUCUGGGAGUUCGACUCAACGAGCUAUUAGUCAGUUCUCUUCUUGCUCAACCCAAAUCGACAAAGACAACGCGUCAAUCACAAAACGGGAGAACUCCAGUGAUAUCAGCAGCGCUGUGGUUUCUGUGGCUGAAGAGAAAGGGUACAAGUCAGCAUCGCAACGACAGUCGGGUGCGGGGAUUUCCACUGCCACGCGGAAAGAGGAUCACUUAGCUACGGCGCGCGACAAAGAACAGGGGCCAAAGGCGCUAUCUGAUGUACCUGCAGUCGCUAGGAACGACGAUGCCAAGCAGGACAAUCAAAGCGCCUCCAAGGCCACAGGGAAACGUCGGCAUGCGGAUGAAAACGAUUCUUCAUCUGGAAACCAGAGCUGCAAGGAGAAACCGACGAAGAUUGCAAAGACCGCGGAAGCGUCAGAUGUGGCAGCGGCACCAACAACGUUCAACCAGGUCAAAAAGCCAAAGGUCCCAAAGAAAACUCAUCGUCAGUUUCCGAAUCGCGAUGCCCUUCUCGAUCAAUGUGACGAGCAAGAGGUUCGAAUCACCUUGCUGGCCAAGAACCAUUUGCCACCAUCUCCAGUUGCACAACGAAUGGGCCUUACGGAUGUCUCAACUCCAUCAGACAUAGCUUCCCGCCAGGAGCUGUCGCGCAUGAAGUUGGCUACGCAGCACCGUGCCGAACAUGAAAAGGUCCUGAAACAAUGCAUUGGUAUCUCCCUGGAUGCGAUUGAAGAGGCAAGAUGUGCCAAGUCUUUGGCAGCCGUUGAUGCGGCCGAAGAGGAAUGGAAAGACUUGUUCAGGUACUAUUAUGAAAUCUUGGAGCAAGUCCUGUGGCGACAGAAUGAAGAAGCCACCACGUUGGCUGACGAGCAAGGCUAUGAGAAUCGCGAGAGUGGCCUUCGACACACUCCGGUUCUGCAGGUUUCAUUCCCCUUCUUCAGUGUCUUCAAAGAAGUAUUUGCAUGUAUGGAUGCUGUCUUCAAAACGACAGCUCGAUGAGCUAUCAAUCCUCCUGGCUGGGAGUUAGGGAUCUGACUUAAAUGUUGUUGUCUUUUACAUGGCUUCGUUCGUUGUUACUCCUGCCAUAGAAGUAGUCUAGUCUAAUCUAUCUAUUGCUACAACUGGUGAAAAAGGCUGUUUAUUCUUUGAAUGCAUGGUUGAGCUAAGCUCGCAUUAUCAACGUC